ACUACCCCAACAACAAGCACCACAGAAAGUCCAACAACCACAACUAAGACAACAACCCCAUCCACAACAACAACAGUAACAGAGGAAUUUACAACUGGUCCAGAAUCAACAACCCCCACAACAACAACAACCAUUACACCAACAACACCCACAACACCCACUACACCAACAACACCCACAACAACCACUACACCAACAACACCCACAACAACCACUACACCAACAACAACAACUACUACUACUACAACCACAACAACUACUAAGACAACAGCGUAUUCCACAACAAGUGAAACAACAGAAGAAAUUACAACUGGUCCAGAAUCAACAACAACCACAACAAACCCUACCACUACCCCAACUACUACCACAACAACAACCCCAUCUACGACUACCUCUGAGGAAACGACAACAACGACCCCAACAACAACCACAAUAACAACCCCUACCCCCACAACAACCAUUACACCACCACCAACAACAACACCCACUUCCCCAACAACAACCCCUACCACUACACAACCAACAACAACAACACCCACUACCCCAACAACAACAACAACAACUACCCCAACAACAAGCACCACAGAAAGUCCAACAACCACAACUAAGACAACAACCCCAUCCACAACAACAACAGUAACAGAGGAAUUUACAACUGGUCCAGAAUCAACAACACCCACAACAACCACUACACCAACAACAACAACUACUACUACUGCAACCACAACAACAACAACCACCACAGAAAGUCCAACAACUACUAAGACAACAGCGUAUUCCACAACAAGUGAAACAACACAAGAAAUUACAACUGGUCCAGAAUCAACAACACCCACAACAACCCCUACCACUACCCCAACUACUACCACAACAACAACCCCAUCUACGACUACCUCUGAGGAAACGACAACAGCCACCACCAAAGCCCCUACCACAACAACACCCACAACAACCCCUACCACUACCCCAACAACAACCACAACAACCCCUACCCCCACAACAACCCCUACUUCAACACCAACCACUCCACCCACUUCUACUCCACACUGCCUGAUCUGUGAAUGGUCAACCUGGAUUGACAAACAUUAUCCUUCAAUUGGACCAGAAGGAGGAGAUUUCGAAACCAUAGAUAUUUGCAGUAAACCCAAGGAAGUACAAUGCAGAGCCAAAGAAAGAUUUGAUGUUCCUUUGGCCGACCUAGGUCAAAAGGUUGAAUGCAAUCCCUCGGUUGGACUGAUAUGCCGCAACAAGGAUCAAGGCAUCCCACCAAUAUGCUACAACUAUGAAAUCAGAGUCAAAUGUUGUGUUGUUUGUGGGAAUGAGACAACUACCACCUCAGAAAGGACCACAACACCUACUACCACUGAAAUAACAACCACUAGGCCAACAACUACCCCAACAACAACCACAAUAACAACCCCUACCCCCACAACAACCAUUACACCAACAACAACAACAACACCCACUACCCCAACAACAACAACAACUACCCCAACAACAACACCCACUACCCCAACAACAACAACAACUACCCCAACAACUACAACAACUAACCCAACAACAACCACAAUAACAACCCCUACCCCCACAACAACCAUUACACCACCACCAACAACCACAACAACUACCCCAACAACAAGCACCACAGAAAGUCCAACAACCACAACUAAGACAACAACCCCAUCCACAACAACAACAGUAACAGAGGAAUUUACAACUGGUCCAGAAUCAACAACACCCACAACAACCACUACACCAACAACAACAACUACUACUACUGCAACAACAACAACAACAACCACCACAGAAAGUCCAACAACAACUAAGACAACAGCGUAUUCCACAACAAGUGAAACAACAGAAGAAAUUACAACUGGUCCAGAAUCAACACCACCCACAACAACUCCUACCACUACCCCAACUACUACCACAACAACAACCCCAUCUACGACUACCUCUGAGGAAACAACAACAGCCACCACCAAAGCCCCUACCACAACAACAACAACAACCCCUACCACUACCCCAACUACUACCACAACAACAACCCCAUCUACGACUACCUCUGAGGAAACGACAACAGCCACCACAAAAGCCCCUAACUACAAAAACAAAAAAACAAAAAAAAACCACAACAACAACCCCAUCUACGACUACCUUUGA